UCUCUCUCUCUCUCUCUCUCUCUCUACACUCCUCACUCUUUCUCGCAUAUGGGGGAAAGCACAGAGCCAUUCCUGGUUCGAAAACUGGAGCUCACUGAUUACUCCAAGGGUUUUACCGAGCUCUUAUCCCAGCUCACUCUAUGCCCUCCUAUUACGGAAGAUGACUUCCACUCUCGAUUCCAUGAACUGCAAUCUCUAGGCGAAGAUCACUCAAUCUGUGUCAUAGAAAACUCUAGUUCCCAUGAAAUUGUGGCCACUGGUUCAGUGUUCGUGGAAAAAAAAUUUAUCAGGAACUGCGGAAAAGCGGGUCACAUAGAGGAUGUGGUUGUUGAUUCUAGGGUUAGGGGAUGGGGAUUAGGGCAAAUGGUGGUGAAUUAUUUAUCGGAUUAUGCCAGAUCGACUGGGUGUUAUAAGGUUAUAUUGGAUUGUGAUGUUGAAAACGGACAGUUUUAUGAGAAGUGUGGAUUCAAGGAGAAGGGUGUUCAAAUGUCAUUAUAUUUUUGAUAAACGCAUGACCAGAUAUUGCUGGUAAUUUCGAUCUUUGUGCUGUGAGUUUUGAUUAUUUCUUGAGUUUUGAUGGAUUUCUUUGUAGUUGUAAAAUUGUGGUUUCCAUUUUU